AUGGAGACCACAGAAACAGCUUCCAAGACUCAAAAUCCAAAGGAAAAUCCACCGACAGUCGAACCACAAAUGCCUGCCACGCAAAUGCCAAUCGAAAAGAAUUCGCAAGGCGACAAAGAGAUCUGGCAAUACCCACGAGAACUCGCCAACGAUCUACAAGAUCUGGGACUCCCGGAACGCGUCAAAGCCGAGAUCUUCGGGACAGCAUGGGAGUACACGCGCGUUGUCAUACCCACCUACACGGACUGGCCUCGCUACGUUGCGUUCCUAAGAAUGAUCGUGGUGGCUGUGGUCGCGGAAUUCCGUGGCGACCUCGUGGAUGUAAUGGCUGGCAGCGACGUCUUGGGGUACAAUCUGGACGAUCUCGUUUAUACCGUAUUCGCGGGCACACCAGGAGAAGCAGGAGAUCUCAUGGGUCGGGAGUUUCGCGCGUUCCUCUUGUUCACCGCGGAUAAGUCUGGCGAGAGGAGGUCAGGGGAGCUGUUCCGGCGGUACGUCAACACGCUGCCACAAUCUCCAAGGAAUUGGUUUCGCCUGCGCGACUGCGAUGGAGGGGGCAGGUUGACUCUUGCGGCUGGGCUGGCGUGCAAUGGACUGAAUGAUAUCUGGUUUACCGAGGAACAGUUCGAGAUCUUGGCCGAGAUGAGCUGCUGCAUGUAUGACGCCGUUGCGUUCUUCAAGCAUCGAUCCGAGGGUGAGACGAAUAGCACGUUUGCUUAUAUGCCGGCCGAGCUGCGCAGGAAGGCAUUCAAGCUCCAUCGCGACACUCUGUGGGCGCUGGAUGUGUGUUGGGCCAGGAAGCCGGGGCUGCAAGGCGUGGUCAACUUCGUGAGGCAUUUUGGUGGCCCGCUACAUAUGACCAUGCGACGAUACUGCUUUGUAGAAGAUGAUUUGACGAUUGGCCGAGCUGAGACGGAAGAUGUUAUUGAUCGGGCGCGCCAGAACUUCAAACUUUGGCACCGACUCGAUGAGACUAAGAUCCAUCGACAGGAGUUUGAGCGGUAUCAGGCGGCCAUUGCACGAGAAGGUGAGCUCAUGUUUCCCGGGAUGGCAAAGAUGCUAGAAGAGGGUGGCGACGGGACGUGCAAUCAAUGUAAAUAUCGUGCUUCCUAUGGCACUAAGGUCUCUUAUCAGUUUGGUGGUGUUGAAAUUUGCGCCGAGUGCAAAGUCGAGUGGCAGAAAUACUUUGAGUCGUUUCCAGUUCGUGCUGCAUGGGUAUUUCCUGAACUUUCUAUGUAG